AUCCACAUCCUCAUCCGUAUCCUGUAUUGUAGCAACGAACCAACCCCAUUGCAGGAAACCACCCAAUACCCCUUAUAAUACAUUUAUAUACAUACAUCAUAGCUGUAUCAUCAUCAUCAUAAAUGACUCCCAUUAUAAUCAUCAUAUACACAACUGCCUACUCCUUACUUUCUCUUUCUCCCUCAGCCUCUGUAAAUAAAUACCCCCGCACCGCACUCUUUUGUAACUCCUCCCCUGUUUCUCAGUUUCUCACUGAUUUUUAAAAGUAAAAACCGUUCUCCCUCUUUUGUCUCUGGCUCUCUGUAAUCUCACACAAGUUCGGAAUGGGCAAGAAGAAGAACAACCAUAACCAUGACCACGGCAAUGACAACUGCAAUGAAGGAGGAGAGAAGCAUGUUGAAGUACAGAAAAAGGAAGGAGGAGGUGGCGGUGGAGACAAGAAGGACGGGAAGAAUCCGAUGCCUGUGGUUCUUAAGAUCGAAAUGCAUUGUGAAGGCUGUGCAUCUAAGGUCAUUAAAUCGGCUCGCAAGUUAGAAGGUGUGGAGACCGUCAAAGCAGAUACAGAAUCAAACAAAUUAACUGUUACAGGAAAAGUGAAUCCUUCUCAGAUUCGAGAUAUUCUCCACAAAAAAACCAAGAAGAAGGUUGAGCUUAUCUCUCCUCAGCCCAAGAAAGAAGACGCUAACAACAGUAACAACAACAGCAAGAAAGAAGACAACAAGAAAGAAGAUAACAAGAAAUCCAAUGACAAGAAACCAGACGCCGAUAACAAGAAACCGAAAGAGCCACCGGUGACGACGGCGGUAAUCAAGGUGGCAUUCCACUGCUUGGGUUGCAUCGAGAAGAUUCAAAGGAUUGUCUGUAAGACCAAAGGUGUGCAGGAGAUGACACUUGACAGGCAGAAGGAAACGGUGACAGUCAAAGGGACCAUGGACGUUAAGGGGUUGACAGAGGCUUUGAAGGAGAGACUGAAGAGACCAGUUGAGAUCGUUCCACCAAAGAAGGAGAAGGAAAAGGAAGCCAAUGGAGGGGAUAAAGGUGGCGAGAAUGCCGGCGACGGAAGCGGGAAGAAGAAGAAAGGCGGCGGCGGCGGCGGUGAUGGGAAUGGUGGCGGGGGCGGCGGCGGUGAUGCUGCAGCCAAAAUGGAAGGGAAUAGAAUGGAGUAUGUACCUGGAUAUGGAUUUGGACCGGGUUAUGGGUAUGGUUACAUGAGUCAACCUAUGCCUGUCUAUGGGAACGGGUACAUGGGUCAACCUGUACCUGUUCCUGUGCCUGUAUAUGGAAACGGGUAUAUGGGACCGGCUCCUCAGCCUGUGUAUGAGUACGGGUACGGGUAUGGGCAUGGACAAGUCCCGGGUUAUCCAGUGCACAUGAAGUUUAAUGAUGAGAACCCAAAUGCCUGCUCUAUAAUGUGAGGUGAAUUGAAGUGUUUUGAGGAGUUAUUUACUUAAUUAAUAGAAGUGGGGAAAAAAAAAGCCUAUUAAGUGUAAAUAAUGAAAUAGAGUAGGGAGAAGGAAAGGAAGGAAGUUGGUUGGUUGGUUGGUUGGUGGAUUACUGUUAUGUUUUGCUUUCUUAAUUUUUUAUUAAUAUAAUAGUAUUUUCUCGUAAGUUUUGGAUUUACGAAGUUGCGUAUAUAUUUUAUUAAUAUAUAUUCUAUGUAAAAAUUUUUAAAUAAAUAUUAAGUACUAGUUUGGACU